GCCUCGCCGUGCCGCGGCUGCGUUGGUACAGCAGAAGCCUACAGCAGCAGCAACAGCAGUGCAGCUGCGCGCGCGCACGCACACACACACACUGUGACACACAGGGCACCCGUGUAGUGUUGGACUAGCGAGCGCAUCCAGCACACAGAGGUACACUCGCAUCAGCGCCGGUGGUCAAUGCUGACAAUCAUGGGUACUUCAUCUGUGGUCUGACCGUGCUGCUGACCACGGCGGAGUGGAUGAUUCCUUCUAAGGGUGCGCUGAUUCCUCCCCCACCUCCCCACAUCAGAAUCGUUUUUCUUUUCCCUUCGCCGUCCCAGCAGCCACCUGGAUGGUUGUCGGCGGGAUACGUUUUGCAAAGCUCAGCCACAGGUUCUCUCCACUCCCUUUCCACACCCCAGCUGCUCACCUCCAGCCUCUUCGCUGCCGACGUUGUAGUGUGUCGGGGGCGUAGGUAGGUUUGUAUUGGUGGUGAACAACCAUUUCCACGGUGUCUGGCAGCAGAAAAAACUCGCGAGUGCCGAGAUACCCAGGAGGGUAAACAGCACUUCAAAGCCUGACGCAGCCUGGCGUCCGGCCCACAGAGAGGAGACAAGCUCCAGCGGGACUUGGCCGAUAAUGCAGAACUCUGUGACAUGCCAAGACAUAUCUGAGGCAGAAUCAACCAUAAACCUGUUGGCUACACCACUCCGUCCACCAAAGCCAGUUCCAAAAAGACAGAACAGUUAAAAAAGAGAUCGAAAUUUCAAUAAUUCAAGGGAUGCGCCGAGGUUAUAGCCACAGGGACCAGCGUGACUUUCAUCGAUGAUCACGUGAGUAAAGCUGAACAGCGGGGAUUGUCUGAACUUGCAAGUGAAGGCUUCGGGCUCACCAAUCCUUCCCACCUCGACCAAUGUUAACCAUGCCAAGUAAAGCAGCAGACAUGGCUUCAGGACCAUGGGUGGGACUCUUGCACCAUCUGCGCCAUCUCGCUGUGGUUCUGACCAUGACAUGCUACCUCCAAGGAACUCGGGCCACCUCGGUCUACUUUAGCAACUACGCCCACUGUGGACAGAAGGAGCCCUUCUCGCUGCAGGAGGACAUGUUCACGGUGGAGGUGUUUUCAGCCACAGGGUCCAUCCACGAGACACUGUUCUGCAAUCUCACCUUCCGGUCACCGCCAGACACCGGGGUGUGCUUGACCUUCAAUAGACUGCACAUCGUGGACUGUGGGGUCACCCUGCACAUCUACCACCGAUCGUCUUCUUCCGACAAAGAAUGGCGCAAGCUGUCCUGUGAUGACGAAAAGCCCUCGACGAUGUGCACAUCGGAUCGCUACGUCACACUCAGGCUCGCCAAAAAAAAGUUGAAUGACAACAAAAACUACGACAUCAACAUCCUCGUCGAGAAAGCUAGCAACUUGUCCGGACAAGUGAUUCUGGCUUCCUCAAUAGGUUUGUUCGUCGGCAUCAUCGUUGGGGUGGUCGUCUUAAUCGUCACACUAGCAAUCAUCGUUCUUUGCUGCUGCUGUAAGCCUUGCAAGACACAGCGCCCCCCUGGCUACGCUCACACUCAAGUUGUCACCAACGCUUCCACCCAUAAUCACCAUGUGCAGCCAUCAGCUCCACCAGCCUCGGAAGUUGCAAAUGAUGAACACACUCCCUUGCAAUCUGGUUCCCUGUACCCAUCCUUACCGCAGCCUUACCCAUCUGUCUAUGGAAUUCCUGAGGCACCGCCGCCGUAUGCUCCCCCACCAUAUGAACAUCACCUACAGACUGACAACUACCCGACCAAAGUCUGAUUUGCCUGUAGCCAGAGGAAACUUUCCUUUUGCUGGUUGAGGCAAUGGGCACCUGUUGUGUCUGCGUGUUUCACAAAAGGUGCUUCCACAAUGCAGCUUACAGCUAAAAUGAUGACUAUUACAGGGUAGACCUAAGGGUGAAGCUGAGCAAACUGCUGCUUCUAUGGUGUGCAGUUGACAUAUCUGUGGCAUGUCAUGGAAAGUUGUGGCAUGCAUUAGACAUUACUGGGCGUGAACAUACCUGUUGAAUGCCACAGCCAUAUCUGCAAACUGAAGCCUCACAUGGUGUAAACCGUGCAAGAAAUGUACCAUUUUCACUUGAGUAAUUUCUGGGACACUUUUAUUUGUGACAUUCUGAUAAAUCCAAAGUGACACAAGUCUCUUGGGAAAACUGGACAUUUCCGAGAAGGCCAAAGCUGUAUAAAUUAUGGUAUAUAAACUUUAAUUUGGUGCAAUUCUGGAGGAAAUAUUGACAGCUGAAAAGCCUAAAAAGUGACUCUAUUUAUUAAAGACAUGUUUUAACUCA